UUUGUCAUCGUCUGCGACUCUGCGUGAUGUCUAAAUCAUAGGUUGAUAGGAAAGUGAGAUGUUUCCAACAGUUGCACAUGGUUGGACUGUAAGGUCACUAUUGAUAAUGGAGCAGCUGUAAAGAGUGCUGAAGAGAAAGCAAUUGUGGACCCAUCAUAAGCUUUCUGUCUUUCUGUCACUAUUGAUAAUGGAGCAGCUGUAAAGAGUGCUGCUUUUCAAAUCGUAUGGUUUUAGUUUCUUCAUGCGUGCAAUUAUUAAAGAGGAAUAUUCAUAAUGCUCUGUUGAACAAAUAAUUGAGGCACGUUCCUUGGCUCCAGUAGUCCCUAGCUUAUCUAAUUUCGACAUUAUAUACUUAAGAGGAGAGGCGAGAGCACGGUCAUCCAACAAUUUCAUAUUCAUCUCUAUUCUUUGCUCUUUCAAUUAUAACCGAGUUCUAAGUUCUAUCACGAAAAAUGGCUGAGGCACUUAUCUCUGUGCUUCUAGAGCAACUGGCUUCAAUAGUGUUUGAACACACAAAACGAGCGGUGACACUCGUUUUGAAUGCUAAGGAAGAUGUUCAUAGUUUCCGCAGCAAUCUCGAAGCCAUUCAAGAUGUGCUGGAGGAUGCAGAGAAGAAACAAGUGACGGAGGCCAGGGUGAGAGGCUGGUUGCAGAAGCUCAAAGAUGUAUCGUACGAGAUGGACGACGUCCUAGACGAGUGGAACACUGAAAUUUUGAAACAACAAGUGGAGCAAGGCAAGAAGAAGGUAUGUUUCCCCACUCCCGCCAAUUGCUUUUGUUUUGGCCAAGUCAAUAAGGCAAUUCAUCAUCAUAACAUUGCUACGAGGAUAAAGAAACUGAAUGAGAAACUAACUGUGAUUGCUGCUGAAAAAGAAAAGUAUGAUUUUCAUCUAUCCACUAUACGUGGCACUGAUGAACAGCUUACUCAACGGCAGAAAACGUCAUCUUUGGUCGAUAUAUCUACGAUAUUUGGCCGAGAAGAAGAAAAAGAGUAUUUGUUGAGCAACUUGUUGAGAGAGAGUGACCAGGAUGGGAGGAGGUUCCCUGUCAUCCCUAUUGUAGGGAUGGGAGGGAUGGGGAAAACAACUCUCACCCAACUAGUAUUUAACAAUGAAAAGGUUACAGCCCAUUUUGAUAAGAAAGUAUGGGUUUGUGUCUCGGACCCCUUUGACGAGAUUAAAAUUGCCAAAGCGAUUUUUGAAAGCCUGCUAGAUAAAAAUGAAAAUCAGAGUAGUUCAAAUGAGCUGGAAACUCUAUUGUUAUGUAUAAGGACACGUGUUGAGAAAAAGAAGUUCCUCCUAGUCCUAGAUGAUGUGUGGACCGAAGACAAAACAAAGUGGGAAAAUUUGAAACUACAAGUGAUAAUGCAAAGCUGUGCUCAGGACAGUACAAUAUUGGUGACCACACGAAAAGAAGGGGUUGCUAAAAUGAUGAGAGCAACCAGCAGCAUGAUCCAUUUGGACAAGUUGAGCGAUAGGGAUUGUCUCGCAUUGUUCAAUAGCUUUGCAUUUUUGGAUAGGGAAGAAGAUGAGGCUAAUGGGUUUGGAGCUAUUGGUGAGGAAAUUGUGAAAAAGUGUAAAGGUUUGCCUCUUGCUGCAAAGACUUUAGGCAGUCUAGUGUGGUAUAAGAAAACAAGAGAGGAAUGGCGGGAUGUUCUGAAUAGUAAGAUUUGGGAAUUAGAAGAAGUUGAGGAACAAGUUUUCCGACCACUGUUACUAAGUUAUUAUGAUUUAGCCCCUGCAGUUAAAAGAUGUCUUUUGUAUUGUGCAAUAUUUCCCAAAGAUUAUGAGUUAGAAAAAGAUAAUUUGAUUGAGCUUUGGAUGUCACAAGAUUAUCUUAAUUCAAAGGGGAAAAAAGAAAAGAGAAGAAUAUGUCAAAAUUAUUUUGAGAGUCUAGCAAUGCGGUCUUUCUUUCAAGAUUUUAAAAAAGAUGUGUUGGGAAAUAUUAGAUGGUGCAAAAUGCAUGAUAUAGUGCAUGACUUUGUGCAGUUUCUUACUAAAAAAGAAUGCACUAUUAUAGAAGCAGUCAAGGGUGCUAAUCAAAGAGUGGAGCUACCGGGUGAUUAUAAGGUUCGUCAUUUGACCUUGAUCAAUGUACGUGAAGAUCAACUUCCUACUUCAUUUGACAACUGCAAAAAUAUGCGAACCCUCACACUCCUUGAUUCAAGCAUUACAACCAUAAGCCCCGGUUCAAUUAUGCAAAUGAAAUGCCUUAGGACAUUGAAUUUCAGUGGUAACUGGGGAUCCCGUAGCAUGCUCAAUGAAGUUCCAAAAGAGAUUGGUAAAUUGAUUCAUUUGAGAUAUAUGAAUUUGUCUCAUAGUGGUAAAUUGAAAGAAUUACCGGAUGCUGUGUGUGAUUUAUACAAUCUACAAACUCUGGACGUUUCGUGGUGUGGUCGACUUGAGAAACUACCCAAGGCAAUGGGAAAGUUGAUUAACUUGAAGCAUCUAUAUGUUACGGGUUGUUAUGGGCUGAGGUACUUACCGAAAGGGAUUGGGAGUUUGAAAAGUCUGCAAGUACUAGACAGGUUUUAUGUAUGUGAGGGUGAUGAUGAUGAAGCAUUGAAAUUAGGAGAUCUCGGAAUCAUGGACCAGCUUCAGGGGAGCCUUUCUAUAGCAUUUUUGGGGAAUAAGGAUGAUGCGAGUGAGAUUGAGAAAGCACAGUUGGGGAAUAAGGAGCACCUCUCCGAAUUGCGAGUAAUUUUCCAGAAAGGAGAUGAAGAGCAGAGAAAAGGUGAUUCAGAAAUAGUGAAAGCAUUGCAACCACAUCAAAAUUUGGAAUUUUUAGCCAUUGGCACAUUGGCACAUUGGCACCACCGAGUCUCUCUAUUGGAUCAAGUCUCUAUACAAUUUGAGAAGUGUUACUCUCGGUGGGUGGAGAUUUUGUGAAGUUUUACCUCCUCUUGGAAAAUUGCCAUCGCUUGAAAUUCUGGUGAUAUGGGGGAUGAAGAAAGUGAAAAAGGUGGGAGUUGAAUUUCUGGGAAUAGAAGAAGAAGAAGAAGAACUGCCAAAUUGAAACAACUUACUUUCGAAGAGUUGCUCAACUGGGAAGAGUGGGCCUUUCUUUCUGAAAUCACAAUAAUGCCACGCCUUUCUGAGUUGCGAAUUGUCGAGUGCCCAAAGCUAAAAGCACUGCCAAAGAUACCAGCAGUGCGUACUUUGGAGAUCAAGGGUUGUCCAAUUCUGGAAGGAGAAUACGAAAAAGGCGUGGGGAAGGAGUGGCACAACAUUUCUCACAUCCCAAACCUCACAAUUGGAUGACUCGCUGCAAAGCAGCCAGCAGGGAGCUCGGUAAUUGGUGUUUCUGCAAAUGGACCGUUCAAAUGCUGCCAUUUUCAAUCGUUGAAGCCUACUUGAAGGCUGAAGUCUCUUGUGGAAAUGAAACUGAUUGGAAUUUGACAAGUGAAUCGAUCAGACAUCCCUUAAUCAAAGAGUAAAAGGAGAUUGCUUCUGGCUCACAGUGACAUGUUGGAGUGGAAUGCUAAGCUUAUCAAUGGAUUACUGACUUAUAUGUGAUGGUGGGCCUUUCUUCCUUGUGAAUUUUGGGCAGCCCAGUGCUGAAACAAUUGCCAGACUUCCUGCAGAAGAUAACAGCACUGCAUUUGGAGAUCAAGCGGUGUCCAUUUCUGACAUCACAAUUGUGAAACUUGCUGCCCAAAUACAAGUUUCCAUGGAACUGAACAGACAGAUAAUACGAUCAUUCAGGAGCGUUUUCCAAGCAGUGGUAAACCUUAAAGGAAAUUCGUUACCAAUUAGACUCAGGUGGCUCUUACCUGAACUGGGUAAUAUAUUAUGUAUAGAGUUUAUAAGCUUGAUCACUUUGUGGUUGUCAAUGCCUUAUAUAUAUUCUAGUUAUGGAUUCCAUUUAAAAUUUUGGUGUCUGAAGCUAGAUACAAAAUCAGUUCAAGUUGAUGGUGGCUCAGAUGCCUGAUUCUGUGGGACUGAAAAUUCACCAAGCUACACUUGUAUAUGGAACACACUGAUUGAAGCUUCAAGAAUGGUAUUAGAGUUGUGAAGCUGACAAGCAGUACAUAGGAGGGACUAUUAGCCAUACACGAUAAAGGAAAUUUGGUAUAUAGCCAUUUGACUGAUUGAAGCUGAAAGAUAUUGUUGGUAAAUGGACUCUGAAAGCAUUUUGUGCACACUGUGUCUAAAUCAGUCCCUCAGAAAGAUUUGUUGGACACUCUCUCAAACUCUGCCAACAUCAUUGUUAUCACAGGUGGAGAAAUGAAUCUGAUUUUGAUGAACAAAUUCUAUGCAUGACGAACCAUGUAUCAAGCGGAUUUUCACCAUAAAGGAAAUUUGGUCUGCAUUUGACUGAUUGAAGUGGCCCUUAACUGAAUAUGUUAUCAACAUCUUAAGCAAUCCAAGGCGCAAGCUUUUGUGAAAUGGACGUUAGUGCUGAUUGGGAUUUGAUUGGUAAAUGGGAUUUGGAAGAUUUUCUAUAAUCUGCAUACUAACAAUAAACAUGGAGCCCGGUGAGUGCUCUUUAUGUGGCUGUACUCAAACUGAAAGAUCUAUUGGAUAUCCUCUAGUACCAAACCCUGCCACCUCACCAUCGUCUAAGGGUAAGGGAUUUGAAGAUGCAAAAUCAGUUGAAGUUAAAUGGUGGUUCAGUAACUGGAGCUCCAGGACUCUGAGUG